AUGAAUAAAUCCUUUACUCUCAAACAAAAAAAAGAAAAAGAAUUGUUGAAAGCGGCCAAACCAGUGGUGGCAAUUUUCUCGGCCAUCAGUAGUUUGCAAAAAGAAAUUGCUGCCAAGACUAAGAAAAUAAAAAAUAAGAAAACGAUGCCAGAGGAGAUUGAAAAACUCCAAACUGAACUAAAAAAAAAGGAGAAAGAAUUAGAAAAAAUGGGUGCGAAAAAAAUUGCUGCCGGCAAGAAAGCCAUUCGUUUCCUGCUGCAUUAUAAUCAAAACUUAGUUAAGUAUAUUGUUAAGGGCUAUUCCUCUUUUGGGGGAAAAAUUGACCAUGAUGAGUUGACCAGCGAAGGAAUUUCCUCCUUACCCAAAGCCAUUGAAAAAUUUGACUUAAACAGCAAAAAUCGUUUUGCUACUUAUGCCGAAAAAAAAAGUGUAAUUUAUUAUGAUAGUAAUUAUCAAAAUGAAGAUAAAGAGAGUAAAUCUUAUUCACUAGUAGAGACCUUACACGAUGAAGAAAAUGCUGAGUUGACUGCUGAUCAGGUAAAACCCACUAAUUUACUGGAUAUUUAUUAUCUCGCGACCGAAGAAGAAAAAAAAGAAUUAAAAAAAAAGAUGAAAUUGAGUGAGAAAUCCAAUCCCGAAUUACUCCAAAAAUACUCCCCAGAAGAAAAAAAAAUCCGUAGUUUACCACUGGUUGCAAAUUAUUUAUCAUUAUUUUCCAAAAAUUACAAACUCUCGGAGAUAGCAACAGAUAGAAGUGGAAUAAUAACUUCCAUUGGAAUAACAUACAAAACUGAAUAUGGAACUCGUUUUGAGGGAUUGAAUACGGAAAAAAUUAAGAAAAAUGGAGAAUGGGCGAAUAAAAGUGGACUUGAUUUUGAUGAAAUUAUUUGCACUACUAAACUACAAACCGUCUCUAAUGUUGAAUAUAAAAGACCUCCCUCUCCUCCUUGGAGGAUUAAGUGCCUUUAUGAAAAUUUGAGUAAACCGGGAAGUGAAGGCAAAAGUUUAUUUGGUUGCAUGAGAUGUUCUCAGUCUCGCGAAUAUUUUUUUAAUGGAGUUUGCGAUAAUUGUUUUUUUGAAAUUCAGAAAGAGAAAAACAUGUGUAAAAAGUGUGCUGAAAAACAGGAUGUUAGUGUCCAAAGAAAGAAGGCAUUUGUUAGCGUAGGAUUACCGACGGAAAAUAAUUAUGUGCAUUGUAAUAAGAAGGCUAUUAUUGAGGAUUUAACAUCCGAGGAGAAGUCUAAGAAAAUAGCCUCUGCUUGGGAUUUGGAUAAAAA